AUGGGGGGAAAGCAGAGCACGGCGGGGCGGCCCCGGGGUGCUUUUCCCGGCGUCUCUACGGAUGACAGCGCGGUGCCACCCUCGGCCCACUUCGGUCACUACCGGCCGAGUGGCACCAUGGGCCUGCGGAGCCGCUCGGUGAGCUCCGUGGCCGGGAUGGGCAUCGAGCACAGCCCCGCCGUGCCCUUUGGCUUCUACACACCGAGAGGGACGGACUCGGAUCGAGCCGGAGGCGGGUCAGGGGGCACCACCGCAGCCCCACACGGUACCGCCUACCAGGACACUGGGGGCGGAGGGCACCACACGGACGGGGUGCUCUAUCUGGGGUCCCGGGGGUCGCUGGCUGACACCUUGCCCCUGCACAUCGCACCCCGCUGGUUCAGCGCGCACAGCGGAUUCAAGUGUCCUGUCUGCUCCAAGUCCGUGGCGUCCAAUGAGAUGGAAGUUCACUUCAUCAUGUGUCUAAGCAAACCUCGCCUCUCCUACAAUGAUGAUGUGCUGUCGAGGGAUGCCGGUGAGUGUGUGAUCUGUCUAGAGGAACUGCAGCAAGGGGACAGCAUAGCCAGACUGCCGUGCCUCUGCAUCUACCAUAAAAGCUGUAUAGACUCGUGGUUUGAGAUCAAUCGGUCCUGCCCUGAGCACCCCUCUGACUGA